CAACCAGCACGCACGCAAUCACCGGAUCGCAAGUUGUACAAGUACACAUGCAUGCAUGGCAAUAGUGGCGCAACUAAUUGUGGUCAUUUAUUAAUUAUUCGUUUAUCCAUUAUGGAGCCGAGCGACUCCGAGAUCGAUAUCGGCGGACAACACGAAUGAGCCGUUUAUCGACAUUAUGCUCUGGUCACUGCACAUAUCUUUUUGUAUGGUUCGAGUUAAGAUGUGUUGCAGACAUGUGGUCAAGGAUAACCCAAUAAUUACCCGCAAACAGCAUUAGACAUGAUGAAAUCGCUUUUCCUGGAGGUCUCACGGGAACGCCACUGGUACAUAUUACCGGAUUGAAUUACGCAGAUCUCCCAGUCUUCCAUUCAGUUAAUGUGUGUGAAUCACCAACGGAGUAGGAGAUCAAUCUGUAUUUAAUGGUGCAGACUGGUCCCGUAUGCGACCAGCAGUGCAGCCUGGGAUCACCCGGCUCCCGUAUUGAAAAGUACAGGAAAUUGCGUGUCGGCCUCAACUGCUAUGUUUAAUAGAUUAACCUCUGAUGGGUUUAACACUCGUACACGAUACCAUACGUAACCAGUUCGACGUCCUGCUGUCAGCCGUGACACAGUAAUGCGCACGUACGGUUGACAGGAACACACACACGUACAGAUCCAGCACACCUACAGCUCAGAGCGUGAUCAAUGAUCAGCAGAGUUAGCGAUGUGACAAAAGGAACAACGUUCUCCGGAAGCUGGCUGGAUGGCUUAGUGCGAGGGUUGGACACAGAGCACGCGCCUAGUUUACAAAUACAUCAAUCUGUGACAGAGAAUUUCCGCACUAUUGUUGUCUUGUCUAAUGGAUAUGUCAUGGAAAUAGAACAACGAUGGAACGAAAAGGAUUAAACUUUUGCUCACAUGGUAUGGACGUCUACAGCGACAACACCACCCUGUUGGAUAGUACAUCUGGCUACGAAGCACCAGAUGAGGAUGACCGGUCUCUGGUAUACCGGAUAAUCGCCACAUUUCUCCAUGUGGUCAUCCUUGUUUGCGGAGUUUUUGGCAAUACUGUGCUAAUUAUUGUGGCCCGGCGUUUUAAAACGCUUCAAACGCCCACUUACUCGUAUUUGGUGUCACUGGCUUUUGCUGAUUUGAUUGUACUUGUGUCGGCUGUUCCGGACGCAAUUGUCUUUCACCACAUAGGAAUACGAUUCGUUUCAGGACAGGUGGGAUGUUCGCUGAUGAUAUUCGGGAACUUUCUCGGGAUCAAUGCCGGAAGUUUAAGCAUCCUGGCAUUCACUAUGGAAAGGUACAUCGCCGUAAUGCACCCCUUGAAAGCCCAGAAAGUGUGCACAGUGGAACGAGCUAACAAAGUAAUUGUGGCGGUGUGGAUAUUUGCUGUUCUCUAUUGCUCUCCGUGGCUCGGUCUCACGCAGAUAACCCGACCGUAUCCCGACAAACCUGACCUGCCGAUAUGCGACUUCCGCCUCUCCAAAGAUCAAUACGUUUAUUUCUUCUCCGCGGAUUUGCUGUUAUUUUAUAUCCUGCCACUCAUCGUUUGUGCAUUUGUCUAUAUACGAAUAUGGUACGUCUUUCGCCGACAAAAGAAUGUAGAAAGAAGCGGGAGUUUUUAUUCGCAUUCCUCGCAUUCGAACAACUCGUUACAUUUACCACUUAACGGGACUUUACCACGCCUGAAUUCGACAUCGUUUGUAGCCAUUCCCAAAGCCGUAACGCUGAACGGGACUGUUAGUGUAAAGGCCAAAAAUGGGGAACGAUCAAAAGCUCUAACAAUGCUGAUUGUUGUUGUACUACUGUUUGCCGUCUGUUGGCUACCAUUUCGUGGAUUAUUGGUUUACAAUUCCUUCACCAGCACACCGUGGUUGGAUAUCUGGUACCUAUUGUUUGCCAAGACACUCAUCUACAUCAAUUCAGCAAUUAACCCGUUUCUUUAUAACGCUAUGAGUGCGAAAUUUCGAAGUGCCGUUUAUCAGCUACUACAUCUACGGAAACCAGUGCCAGAAAUAUGUCUCUUAUGAAUUACAAUGAAUCUACUGAAGUAUUAACGACCAGACCAAUAAUUUCUUGUUGCUUCGAUUUACCUUUACCGGUAUCUCUAUCGGUAUCAUAAAAUAUUUAACAUGCGGUGUGUCGCUUGGCAGACCAGCACAUAAUUUUGCGAGACAGCUGUCAGAAAUAAAUUUCUUGGUAUCACAACAGUCAGAUACAGAACAUAGCAGAAGAGCUUU